AUGGCAGAAGUAUCUGGGGAUGUAAAAGAGCAUUUCAAAUCCUUAAUCUUGGGCACACCCAUUUUCGCAGCAAUUAAAACUUCGUGCCCAUUUUGCGUUGAAUUUCUAAAUACGAUUAAUAGACUAAAUUAUUCAAACCUUCUUCAGACAAUCAGUGAGGUAAAUCAUGCACCUCUACUGGAAAAGUUGAAAGAAAUAACGUACAGCAACUAUGGCCAUAAAACAUUCCCUAUGAUAUUUAUAAAUGGAAGGUUUAUAGGAGGAAACGACUCAUUCAAUAAUGUACUUAGUAAGAUUAAAAGCAUUAUGAACAUGAAACAAUUAGAUAGAUCAUUAGUAUUAACACCCGAUGGCAGAUAUACUCAAUAA